AUGAACUCUGCUAAGAUCUAUGUCGGUAAUUUGAGCUGGAACACCACCGAUGACACUUUGCGUCAAGCCUUCAGCACCUUUGGAAAUGUGGUUGACUCGGUCGUCAUGCGCGACCGCGAUACCGGUCGCUCCCGCGGCUUUGGCUUUGUGACCUACUCGAGCACCCAGGAGGCCGAGUCGGCCAUCUCCGGACUCAACGAUCAAGACCUUGACGGCAGGAGGAUCAAGGUCAACAUUGCCAACCCACGUGGCGGAGGCGCUGGAAUGGGCGCUGGCGGACCUGGAGGCUUCCAAGGUGCUCCUGGCGGAUACGGAGGCGCUGGUGGUUACGGUGCGUUCCCUGGUUUUUAG